AUGUCAAAUUCAGACAAUUUCUCAUUUGAUAGCUUUAGAUUAUCACAAUCUAUUGAUUUAACAGGGUUUGCAAAUCAAUACGGAUUAAAUAAUAGUGUUAGUAAUGUAAAUAAUAGAUAUAAUUUAACUUCAUUUAGUGAAUUUUCACAUCAACUUGAACUUGAACAACAACAAAACAAUCAUCAUCAUCACCACCAUCAUCAUCAACAACUACCACCACAACCACAACCAUCAACACAACAUCAUCAACAAUUAUUAAUUCAAGCUCAACAAUUAUUACAACAACAACAAGCAACACAACAAGCUGAACUUUUACAACAACAACAAGCAGCACAAUUACAACAGUUAUUACAAACUCAACAACAACAACAAGCUCAACAACAAGCAGCAAUAGCAGCACAACAACAGCAACAACAAAAUGAAUUACUAUUACAACAGCAACAACAACAACAAAAGUUACAACAAGAACAAAAUGAAAUUCAAAGAUUACAACAACAAAUCCAACAAAUGGAACAAACAUUUAUAACAGGUGAUAUUAAUACUGAAUUGACCGAGUUGUUGAGCAAUUUGGAGACAUUAGCACAUGAAUCCAUUCAACAUUUAUUCUUCCUCUGUAAGGUGUUACAACCUCAUUUGACCGAGGAAUUGCGAUUCCCAUUGUUAAGUAAGAUGUUUAGCGAUAUGCCACAGAUGAUACCAUUGUUGAGUAUCGCCAAUCAUAGCACCUAUUUACAGGAUCCGAAUAACCAUGCAUUCAAGUUGUUUAUGGAUUUCAAAGAAUUGGCAAACUUACUAUGCAAGAUAAGCUAUUUGCAAUUGUUUCAUUUAACCAAUAAUAUCAUUCCACCAGGUUCACCACAGUUUCAAUUCAAUUUCUUUCUAAAUGUUCAAGAAUAUUUUAGAUUGGCCUCAUUUGAUAGGUUACGAAUUUUCAAUCAGUCAUUGGGUGGUGAUCAGUCCCUCUCAAACACCUAUUUACACAUUCAAAAAAUCAUGUCUUUAGAUUCUUCAAUACCAAUCGAUAUCAUUCAUUUCGUUGCUGGUAUCAUCUCGUUACCUCUAUCUGAUCUUUACUUAUUUCAUCAUUGGUUUUCAAAUUUAUCUAAAAAAUUAUUAGCUGUCCUAUUAGCAUUACUUCAAUUAGAUUCUUCAACAGUUUUAGAUUUAAAAAGAAUUUUAGCAACAAGUGUAACAUUUACAAAUGAAAAUAAUAAUAAUAAAAAUAAUAACAUUUUAAAUAAUACAAUAAUACCGCAAAAUAAAUUAAAUGAUAAUAAUAGUAAUAAUAAUAGUAGUAAUAAUAUUUCAUUACCAAUGCCAAUAUAUAAUGGGAAUAAUAAUAAUAAUAAUAAUAGUAAUAUAAAUAGUAUAAAUAAUAAUAAUAAUAAUAAUAAUAUAAAUAAUAUAUCUGUAGAAAUACCAACCUCACCUGUACAAAGUAAUAAUAAUAAUUUUGAAAAUUCAUCCGCUCCAUCUUCACCAUUUAUAAAUAAUUAUAAAGAACCACUAUCACCAAUUAUGUCAGUACCAUCAACACCAAAUUUAACAACACCUGUAUCAAAAUCAUCAUCACAACCAACUCAAACACCACAACGUCAAUUAGCGAUAACACCAAAUAAUAAUAAUAAUAAUAAUAAUCCAUCAGAUUGUUUUUAUUUAAAGAUUGCAAGACAACCACCACCAAAAACUGUUUAUCAAAGAAUUUUAAAACCUUUCCCACAAGUUAUGAUUUGUGGACCUGGUGUAGAUACAGAGAAUUUCUCAAAUUUCUAUGUCGAAGUAACCCUAUUAAGAAAUGAUAAUCAAACUGAAUUGGUCAAUUAUAUCGAUGGUACAAAGACAUCACGUAUCACUGGUGGUUUCGCUCCUUUCAAAAAAUUAAAAAUUUUAUCAACUACUCAACAAUUAAGAACACUUUUUAGAUUAAAAUUUGUUUUAAAAAAAUAUAUAUCAAAUGAAUCUCAAACUUUUCCUGAAGCAACUGUACUUUCUGAUCCAAUUGAAGUAUUCUCUCAUACAAUUUAUUUAAUUGAUAAACAAGAUGUACCAUUUCCACCAACUGUUAGCGAAAUUAUUCCAGCAUCAGCAAAAGCUCGUACAAGAGUUGUAAUUCUAGGUUCAAACUUUUCAAAUACAGGUGAUCUAAAAGUUUAUUUUGGUUCAACUAGUGUAACUGCCACUUUUUAUGAACAAGGUACUAUCAUUUGUCAGGUACCACCAAAUGCACCAAAUCAACCUUCAAAUGUUAACAUUAAAGUUUCAAAUGAUGGAAGUCAAUGUAGUGAAUCAAAGGGUAUGUUCAAUAAUAUACCUUAG